AUGAGUGGAGUUUCUAGAACAUAUGAAUGGGUGGAUGCUGCUUGCACUAUUGUCCGGACCUUGUCGCAUCUGCUCUUCAUCACUCCUGGCCGGACUCAAAUGGUGGCCUCACCAACAAGCACGCAAUCCGGCAGUUUACUUACGCAAGCCGUCAAAUUGAAGCGAAAGCACACAGGCACACAUACGCAUUAUUUUUGGGAGAUUGGAGCAGUCAAAAUUCUGGGAAAACCAAACUGCCCUGCUAACGCCUACCUCAACAAUGAUAUGCUGACAACGGCUGGUGGGGAAGCCGGGACCACUUCUAACGAAGAUGUCCUAUUUGGUCAAAGAGCCACGCAUUCCAUGGCCUAUCAAUUUUGCACGGACCGACUUGACAGUCAAAACUUGGUAGUGACCGAUUCGACGCGAAUCAGCGGCACCAACAUCCAUUUGAGUGACUUGCAGCGCGCCUUGAGACUCGGCAAGAGACAAGAGACACCUUCCGUCUCGUCUGUUCCAAUGUGUACAUCUCGCCACUGUGGCCAUGUCGGGCCGGGGGUGUCUAUCCCGUGA